AGUAGAUCAACUGGUGCUAGUAUAAUUACCAAUAACCAGAACAAAUGUCCAUAACUAUUAAUUCUACUACUGCAAGUACAAGUAUUAACAGUGGAUAUACUACUACAACAGCAGUUAAUACAAAUGAUAGAAACCUCCACCAUCUAUGGAACUAUAUAAUAAACACUAUCACAACUAUACAAUCAGGACUCAUCAGACCACAUGACCUUUUACCAUAAGAAAUGUGAAGCUACUCACUGCACCAGUUAAGUCAUAGAAUUUUAGAUUAGAUUUGUUUAGAUAGAACUUUAUUGAUCCUUUGGGCAGAGCUCUCAGGAAACUGAGGUUAAUUUCGUGCCUAAUGAAACAUAAUAAUCACUGCAAUAAUUAUCCAGUCGAAGUAUCUGCUUAGUUAUCUGCCUAUCCAGAUGGGGGUUUUUUCAGCCAGGCUGUGUAGUCCUCCCCCCCAGGAAUGAUUGAAAAUCAAUUUAUGUUAAAAGCUGAAAUAUGGUGCAGUUGUCGAGUUGAUGUUAUCUUCCACAUGAUCACUUUUCUGUUGACACAGGUCGUUUACAGUACAUUAGUGGUAAAUGUCAGACUGUGGCGUCACCUCUCAAAAUGAUAACAUGAAACAAAUGUGAAGCAAAUUUUGGUGGCCUUACAAAAAAUCAUUUGCAUAGAACCAACCAACCAAACACAGGCACUGUUGAAAUGUACUUUUAUGUGCAAUGACCUGAGCAGCUCUGCUCUCUCUCUGGCUGGUUCAUCAGUACAUUUACGGGUUGAAGGGCCAUGGUUCUCUUCCUGCUCUUACUGCUGCUGCCCAGUUGUUUGGCUGACCAAGUAUGUUUAACUUUCAACAGCAAAAGCAUUACUACUACCUUAAGCAAUACUACUACUGUCCGUGAGGAAUCAGUGGGUUUAGUGAGUUGCUCAAACCAUGGUGACUCCUGUGUCUUGGACUGCUUAGAUGACACCUUUCCAUACUACAAUGACUCAUGGUUCAGUACCCAAUCUGGUUGUCUGGAGGCCCAAGUGGAAAAGCAUCACAACAGAAGUGCAUACACUAUCCAACUAAACGAAGGCUCAAAUAUCACAUGCAUCCUUUACAUGUGUUUAAAUGACACCAUCUUGCAACUAAUGCAGUCCCUGAAUGAUAGCCAGGAGGGAAUGUUGAAACUCUUCUACAUAAAGGACUCUUGUUGGGCCCUCUUCAAUAAAGAUCUCAUAAUCAAGAAGGCGUUUAUAAGACGGGAAAAAGACAUGAUCCAUGAAAUCAUGAACACAACCACAUCUGACCACAGCUAUGACUUGAAGGACUUGUGUCUGAAAGUCAUUAACAUCAGUACGGAUGAGCUCAACAUGACUAAUGCCAGGAUGAAGGUGAAAGAUGCAGAGCCGCUGCUUGGUACUAAUGAUUCCAGUCCUGAGAUCUGGCUCCCUGUAGAUGCUCUGCGCCAAAUCCCACAGGAGGAAAGGGGCGUCGGCUUGGUCAGCUACAUGGGACACAGCCAGUUCAAAUUUGGCGAGGAGGAUUUCAGAUCGAUGAUUGUCAGGAUAGAGCUACUGGGGAAUAAGCGUCUUAAUGAUCUACGUACCUCAGUGGAGAUCAUUUUCAGAGAUAUGGAUGUGGAUAAUAACUUACAGAAUAACUCUCAGUUACAGUGUCAUUAUUUUGAUGAAAAUGAUUUCGAAUGGAGAAAAGAUGGAUGCGAGACCAGCAUUAAUGAAACCGUCCUUACUUGCAGCUGCAACCACACUACAGCUUUUUCUGUCUUACUGAUAAGACAAGAAAUCAGCGACGUUCACUGGGAAAUACUGUCUUACAUCAGUUACAUUGGCUGUGGCAUAUCUGCUUUCUUCACUGCUUUGUCGCUUGUCAUAUAUGUGUUUGGUCGAAGCAGCAGAACAGAUCAUUCCAUCUCUAUCCAUGUCUCUCUGAGCGGGUCUUUGUUCCUGCUCAACACCACCUUCCUGUUAUCUGAGUGGGGAGCCACAGUGGAGGAAGACUGGGUAUGUAUGUUUAUUGCAGCUUUCAUGCAUUACUGUCUGCUCUGCUGUUUCACCUGGAUGGCAAUAGAGGCGCUCCACCUCUACCUCAUGCUGAUAAAGGUGUUCAACACCCACUUCAAGCACUACCUGGUCAAGCUGUCACUUGCUGGAUGGGGGAUUCCUUGUAUGGUUGUGGGAAUUUCUUUGGGAGUGAAACAAAACCAGUUCUAUGGGAUUACAGAAAUGACCAUGGUUGAUUCUAAUGAAACAAAUGCCGUCUGCUGGAUCGUAAAUGAUUCCUACUUCUACUCUGUGAAUCUGGUCUACUUCACCCUUAUAUUCAUCUUCAACUCCGGUAUAUUGGUGGCGGUGGCCUCUAGCAUCUGCAAGAUGAAACAAGUGCUGAGACACAACUUGAAGGCUGAAGCAGAGGCAAAGAGCAGUUCUUGGAUGAACCCAAACAGAUUCAGUGACUCCUGCAAAAGUGGCCUGACAGUGAUGGGUAUUACGUUCCUCAUGGGGACUACCUGGGGCCUUGCAUUUCUGGGCUCAGGAUACACCAACUACUUCAUUCUCUACCUUUUCUGCAUCCUGAACUCCAGUCAAGGAUUCUUUAUCUUCCUGUGGAUCUGUCUGUCUACCCAGAGGCAGAGGAAGAGAGAUUAUGAGAACAGGAUGACUUCAACUCCUAUAAAGACCUCAACAACCAAAUCGGAUUAGACCCUCCUGUCAUAAGAGAGAUAAAGCCUAGAUGUAAUAGCUGAUAGCAUACCCCCCUGAUAAUUAUCCCUCACCAGGGAACAGUACCCUACCCUUGGAAUCAGAUAUAUAGAUCUGACACCGCUCCCAUUCAAAGUAGAGCCAGUCAAAACCAUUUACAAAACAAUUUCUAUGAUAUACGUAGGGCAGGUCAGAUGUGGUUUGAAGCAAUGAGUUUGUCCAAAUAAGUUUUGCUUAAGAGGUUCCUAAUAGAGUGAAAGGAAAGAGCUGUUUGAGCCCUUUAAAUACUUCAGUGCUUCUUUUAGUAUUUCAUUAAGUCGCUCCUGUAUUGCUAGAAAGUGAAAGAACAGAAGUGAUGCAACACUUGAAGAAAGACAGCGAAGAAGAGAGAGAAGAGAAAGAAAACACUGAUUCAAGACUCAUACUGGCAAAGACGUGUGAAUAUAAGGAUGAGUGUGACUGACUGGUAGUGCAGUUACAGCCUCUAUUUAGGCCUAUUACUGUUCAACCUUGAUAAUGAAGUCACAUUUUUAUUUUUACCGUGUUGUAUGUGUUUACAUCCUGCACAAAUAAUAGAGUAAGAAUGCACCAGGGCGUUGUUGGAAUUCAUCUUUAGAAUAUUGUAGUUGCAAAGUGAAGCUGGAUUUCCAUCUCCUUUCCAUCUAUUCUUAUCUCGAUGACCAAUUCCUUCGAGGUCAAGGACUUUUCAGACACAACCAAUGAAUGAAUGAACUAAUUAGGUAAUGUUUUAUUUUAGACAUAGAAAACACACUUUAAACACCAACAAAAGGCUCAAUGCAAAUAAUCACCAAAUACAAAACAAAAGAAAUUUAUACUAUUCAGUCAGGACUGGCUGCUACCUGUUGAUAACACUUCUUAGAAACCAAAAAUGAACUGAGAAGUCCCUGAGUAUUUAUUGUUUAAGGAUUAGUCUGGCAGUCACAGGCUCCACUAGCCCCACACAGGUUUUCCUACAACCAUAAUCCAGGUGGACCUUCUUAGAUAUAGGUUCAAAAUUACCUUUAAGAGGACUUCCCCUUAUGUUCUUUUUCUUUUCAUAAAAAAUUUGCAUUUAACUAUGAAAUGCCAGAGAUACACUUAUUUCCUUCAGUAACCUAAUGUGUUUUGUAAUCACUAUAAAAAGGGAUUAUUUGAGGGUUGGUUUUUUAAGGAGAUUCACUGGUAUAGAAGAAAAGUCACCAUUUCUUCUGAUGCUCUGAUGUGUGCUUUUCUGUAAGAACCUGUUUUGUCUUAAGGAAAGUGAUACUCAGCACUAAAAUACACACACACGCACACACACACACACACGCACACACACACACAUAUAUAUAUGUAUAUGUAUAUAUGUAAUUAUUUACAUAUGUGCAUGCAACAUAAUUAGCUAUAUGUUAUUAUCGUUAUUAUUGUCUGAUUCUCUGUACUACUGUCUUGUUGUUAUCCUGGUGUAUAUAUGACAUUUUAUUUAUUUUGUUUUAAGCUUUUAUUAACAUUUUAUUCUAAACCAUAAAGCACUCUGUGAUUUUAUCUGUGAAAAGUGCUAUAUAAAUAAAAUGUACUUACUUACUUAUUACUAUUACUUUAUUAUUACCACCUUGCUACUUAUUGUUUCCAUCAGUGCUUCACAAUGUGCAAUUGCCAGAUUUUUUAGAUACGUUUUUUUUUUGGUUUUUUUUGGUUUUUUUUUUUAGUUAUUGUUUUGCUAUUUUCUGGUGGUAUUUCUUGUGUGUAUCUUCAGUGUUGUGCUGUUGUUGGAAUCACAAU